UGUCAAAUAGGAAACUAACAAUGUCUGCCGUGUGCGGAGACGGAAGGGUCUCAGCGAUGGAGUGCGGAGAUAAAUCGUCUAUGUGCUGCCCAAGUGGCGGUGGGGAAGGCUCUCUGGACAGGCUCCUCCCAUCCAUCAACACCAGCCUGUCGCCACGGAAACGAACCACCAGCCAGUGCAAAUCAGAGCCUCCGCUGUUGCGGACCAGUAAGAGGACCAUCUACACUGCAGGACGCCCACCAUGGUACAAUGAACACGGGACCCAGUCCAAAGAAGCUUUUGUUAUCGGGCUUUGUGGAGGCAGUGCUUCAGGCAAAACAACUGUUGCUCGGAAAAUUAUCGAGGCCUUGGAUGUUCCUUGGGUGGUUCUUCUGUCAAUGGAUUCCUUCUACAAGGUUCUGACGGCCGAACAGCAGCUGCUGGCUGCUAAUAACGAUUACAACUUUGACCAUCCAGACGCCUUUGAUUUCAGCCUGCUAGUGCACACUCUCCGCAAACUCAAGCAGGGCAAGAGCGUGAAGAUCCCGGUGUAUGACUUCACCACACACGGACGGCAAAAAGAGUGGAAAACGGUGUAUGGGGCCAGCGUCAUUAUAUUUGAGGGCAUCAUGUCAUUUGCAGAUAAAGAGCUGCUGAAGUUGCUCGACAUGAAGAUCUUUGUGGACACAGAUUCUGACAUCCGGCUGGUACGGAGGCUCAGGAGGGACAUCACAGAGCGCGGCCGGGACAUCGAUGGAGUGAUCAAACAGUACAACAAGUUUGUGAAGCCAGCCUUUGAACAGUACAUCGAGCCCACCAUGAGGCUGGCAGAUAUCGUGGUGCCACGUGGUGGCGGCAACAUGGUGGCCAUUGAUCUUAUAGUGCAGCACGUUCACAGUCAGCUGGAGGAGAGAAAGCUCCGCUGGGAUAUGUAUCGUUCGCGCUUGUGUUGCAGAAAUAAAGAGACCAGUCGAGAUGAGUUCAUCUUCUACUCUAAGAGGUUAAUGCGGCUCCUCAUCGAGAGAGCGCUGUCCUUCCUUCCCUCUCAGGUUCACAUUGUUCAGACCCCACAAGGAGAAGAUUACGAGGGCCGAACAUUUCAUGGGAAGGGGAUUACGGGUGUGUCGAUUCUCAGGGCGGGAGAGACCAUGGAGCCCGCACUUAGGGCCGUGUGCAAAGACGUCCGCAUUGGCAAAAUCCUCAUCCAGACCAAUCAGGACACAGGAGAGCCUGAGUUGCACUAUUUGCGUCUGCCCAAAGACAUCAGCGAGGAUCACGUGAUUCUGAUGGACUGCACUGUGUCCACCGGAGCCGCAGCCAUGAUGGCCAUCAGAGUUUUACUUGAUCAUGACGUUCAGGAGGAUAAGAUCCUGCUGGUGUCUCUGCUGAUGGCUGAGAUGGGUGUCCAUUCUGUGGCCUACGCCUUUCCUCAGGUCAAAAUCAUCACUACCGCCGUCGACAAGAAGGUCAACGACCUGUUCCACAUCAUCCCCGGCAUAGGAAAUUUUGGGGAUCGAUAUUUUGGCACGGAUGCGCCUCCAGACUGGAGCGACGAUGACAUGGAUGAGCCCAGCUGCUGACGGGUGUCAGAUCAUCUCAGCAGCUCAGUCACGCCGGAUAUUUAUGGCUGCUGACCAAACCACACGCUGUUAACAAUUACACUUUCACAUCGGAGCACUGCAUUCUGUACAACUUGAACCGUUUUUUACAAGUUUCUGCAAAAGCUUUGACAGUUUAAGAUGUCUAGCUCAAUUUAAGGGUUUCGCUAUCUAUUUAUCAAACAUAAACAUGAAGGAGCAGCUCCUGUUAAAUGUUGAUAGGAUCUGUAUUGUAGAUCAUCAUUCGUUUUUAGGAAGAAUUUCACAUUCUGCAAUGAGAAUAACCUACGGUUUUUUUUUUUUGGACCCACAAAAGUGCAGCAUCUUGCAUCUGUCCAGCGAGUCUAUAGCUGCCUUUACCAUAUAUGGCUGACAUCUGCUUGAUGUUCGCCGUCGCGUCGAGGACAUACAGGACGCACAAGAACAAUACUAGCCCACAGGAAGUGUUGGUGUUUGGCCUCAUAUUCAAGCCAAUGAGCGUUGUGCUCGCUCUUAUUAUGGAUGUCGCGUUGAUAUCUCUGUUUUAUCGUUUUUACCCCACUGAGCACUUUGAGAAAGUACCUAGCCUAAAUAUGAUGUGAUUGUGUGCGUUUUAUUUGUUUGAUUUAUGCUGACCCACAAUAGUUAACCC